AUGGCCACCACCGCCACAACCAGCACCUUCCCCUUCUCUUGCUCACUCUCCAAGGUCUCUCCUCCACACAAUCACCACCACCACCACCACCACCUUAAAGUCCCCAUCUUGACUCCUAGUAGAACCCGUACCAUGAGAAUUCAUGCUAUGGGAGCUGGGGACAAGUUAGGUGAAUUUGGUGCUAGAGACCCUUUUCCUGCUGAAAUAGAAAGUGGGUUUGGUGAGAAAGUGUUAGGCCAUGGUGAUACCGAACAUAAGAUUCUCAUUCCUACUGUUUCUGCCCUUUCUCUUUCUCAGCUAGAGUGUACUCCUUUAUCUCCUUUGCAGGAUCCCAUGUCUAAAGAUGAUGCUCAAAAGCUGUUAAAGAAGGUUCUUGGCUGGAGACUCCUGGAUGGAGAAGGUGGACUUAAACUGCAAUGCUUAUGGAAGUUGAGAGAUUUUAAAUGCGGGGUUGAACUCAUAAAUAGAAUUUAUAAAGUUACAGAAUCAUGUGGCCAUUUCCCAAAUGUCCACUUGGAACAGAAUCAAGUUAGAGCUGAACUAUGGACUGAAUCCCUUGGCGGCUUGAGCAUGAACGAUUUCAUUAUCGCAGCCAAGAUUGAUGAGAUUAAGACAUCAGACCUUGUCCCUAGAAAGAGAGUAUGGGCAUAG